CAAUUUCAGCUCAAAGUUUCAGUUCGGUUGCAACCGUCGAUCGUUGUGGAUGCUCGUGUGUUGGCUAGUUAGUGAAAUUAACUGCUAACUGCCCUUAUGCCGGCUCGGGGCUUUGCGUAUAGUUUAACACGACGACAUUUGAAUACAAUUGAAUUUGUUCUGGGUUGUGAUUUAUGAGCAAAUUAUGCGUUUUCGGUUUUCGCGAGAGUGCGUGUUGUGCUGUGGGGGCCUGCGAUCACUGGAAUGGUUUUCACUAGCAUGAAUAACAAUGUGCUGGGAGGAGAAAUUGGUUUCUGUGAACGAAAAAUAACAUUACGUGCCUGUGGAGAAAGGAAGCAAAACUCAAUUUAGUAUUCUGUGGAUGCGUUUUUGAAGUUACGGAAAAAACUGCCGAAAGGGAGAAAAAAAGCUGAAGUGGAAACAAGAGAAUGAAUAAGCGGGCAAUAAAGUAGAUAACGCAGUCCCAUGUGUUUUGUGUUACAUUACUUAUUUUCCAUUUGAAAACUUUUUUUCCGCGGUUCACUGGUGCACUUUAAUAUUCUAUUGACGGGCGCGCGCCCGCCGUUUGUGAAGAUCGGAACGUUUCCAGCGUGAGACACCGCCGACAGUUGUACGUGCAGUGGAUUUUCCUUUCUGUGGUGCAUUAAAUCGAAUUAUCAUUUCAAGGAUUGGAAAUUUUCUCCGAGCGGUGUGUUGUAGGCUGAUCUAGGAGGCUGCUAAACCAGGGGUCGUAAAUACAACAUGUGCUGGAAAUGAAACUCCGGCUUCAGCUCAAGCACACUACGGGCGCAAAUAGCUGUCAUUACGAUCGAUUACCGGUUCGAUGUGCUGGCAACUUACGCUAGCACACGAAACCAUUAAAGGAUUACAACGGGCCGCUCCGUGCAUUUUACCGAGUGACUUAUUAGCCACAGUUGAUAGGUUUAUGACAGCGAUUUGAGAGGUGCAAUGACUUGUGCUUGAUUCGCGGGGCCUACCGGCGCAUGUACUCACGUCCCGCUGACCCACAUCGGCAAACCGAAGUGGGUGGUAUUGAUCUUCUGUUGAUAGCUAACCCACAUGAACGGUAGUGCUCAAGCUGAACGGACAAAAUUAGACUGGGCGCUGGCAGUUUUUUUACUCUCUGUAGGCUGCAAGAGGAGCAACGUGUUAACACACGAGAAUCAAGUGGCCGGUAGCUAAGUGAAGUGCCCUAUUACUUAAUCGUAAAUUACCAUUUUGAAUCGUCGUAAUUCAGGUGGAAAAAACUAGCAAUUCAGUCCGUACAGAAAUGAGGAACCUAUGCAGCUCUAAAGUGUGUUACUUAAAGAAUUGAAAAUUAUAAUUAUACAGUCGGUAGUGAACGUUUAUGAUUGUGUGCAAUUAGCUUGGACAAGGGUGGAUUAAAUUGAUCGGAAACAACUGUGAACUUAACCGAAGUGCUUUAACUUUUUGGAAAAACUGAAACGUUACAAGAGGAAAUUAACAACAUGGUGCUCUGCGACAGUGAUUUAGAUGUAACGGGCAUCUCGCAAAAGUGGAACAAACUCCGACGGCGAUGUGCGUCAUUCAAGACAGUCUCCGGUCCAGCGUCACUCGAUUCGGACACCAAUUUUAUACUGGCCGAACAUCCCGGUCAUUAUCAAAUUAUUGCGUCCGGUCCAGUACCAGUUCAAGUUCAACAGGUGCAGCAGUCGCAUAACCAUCAUCAUCAUCACCACCACGGGCACCAUAGGCAUCAUCAUCAUCACCAUCAUCACCACAAUGGAGCUACGGAACAAUUGUUGACGGAUCAACCGCAGUACGGUCAUCUUGCUGAUCCUAACUGGGAACUGCGACAUUCUAGUUCUAGCUCAACUUCGACGUCUUCUUCCACGAUCGGGCAAACUCAAGUUCCAAUCUUCGCAGCCGAAGAGUACUGGCAUAUUCAUGAACAGGAUGUAAAACUAUGGCGACUUGGUGCUCAUCAAACCUACGCCCAUAGAAUUCGAGUAACGCCGAAUCAUCGACGCAGUGCGCAUAGUAUCGAUUGGGAGUACAACGUGCAUAAGUACGAAAACAUGUCCUCGGACCCUGCACAAACAGCUACUGCGCGACUUUUCCGCCACGAAAAACUCCAGUACUACGAUGAAGUGUCGAAUGUGAUGAAGAAAAAUUCACUUGGUGCUAGUGAAAGCGAAAGUGGAAUCAAGAUAGCCAAAGAGAUUAAACUGCCUAGUCUAAAGAACUUCAAAUCUGCAUCGAUGCGACUUCCCGGCCAAAAGUCUUCCAUUAAUGAGGUUCAGCAGCUGUUACGCAACAAAUUCAACCGAAUCCAUGCCGGUUUACGCAAACGAAGAGCCCUUUCCGUCCAGGAAGUAUUCCAAAUGCCUGGGGUGGCAACACCCACUAAGCCCACGUUUUACGUACCGUCCCCGCUGGUUGGGGAGAGAAUACCGCACAACCCUACACGGUACGAGGAAGAAUCCAACGAAGAGGAUGAUGGUCCCCUUAGUUUACCGUACAUCAGUGAGAACCUGGUGGCAGCUGAUCAAUCACAAGUUCAUCUUCGUGAACGCUCACUGAGCCCUAGGAAAGAGCGAACCAAAACAUGGUACCGCAACAUCGAUGUGAGCCAGUCAGUUCGUAAAUCUGAGAAGGAUUCCGUGACAUCAAGCCCACAAAAUGGAAAACCACCAGCACCGACACCAGCUGCCGAAGUUGAACCAGUUGUUGAGCAACCCAAAGAAAAACAGCCGGAAAAGCCCAGCUUUGCAAUUGGUGGCCGUGUGUCGCUACGCGAACGUGUGGAAAACAUGAACCUCAGCCGCUUGCGGUCGAAAACUUCCAGCAGUAACAAUGCAGCUAGUCCGCAACCAAAAAAGACUCCCGAACAACGCAAAAUCCGCCCCCGCAGUCAUUCGCCGUUGAAGAAUAUAAGGAUUAACCUAUCCGGUUUCGGCGUCGGUGGCGGAAGUGAACAGCAAGCGACGACACCGAAACCAAAACGAGAAUCAUUCGGUUUAUUUGGUAAGCUUAAUCGCAUGAUGCACGGCGGUAACGGUGCUCAUUCGCCCGAAAAGCUGAACUCGCAGGAAGGUAACAACGCCAGCACGGUAAAGGGAACUGCCGGCCAGCAGCGGCCUAAAACAAAUGGUACCAGCGCCGGUGCCGUUAGCUACAGCGGUAAUGUUAGUAAACAAUCGACCAUCCAAAAGUUGACACAACUUAGCACCGGCAGUCGGCGGGCCGGAUCGAGACAACAGCAGCAGACGAUCGGUGAAGCACUCGCAUCCACACCCGCGCCCGUGCCAGCCGGCGAUCGUGAGCGGAAGUCCAGCCAGAUUUCUAACAGUUCACAAAAAUCGUCAACUUCCUUUAGCGAUACCACCAAAUCAACGGCGGUGUCGUUCCAUAAAGUUCAGGACCACAACCAUAAUCAUCAGGUCAGCUUUAAUGAUUCAAGAUCACCACAGGAGGAGGAUGAACCCGAAGAGGAGGAAAUCGAAGAAAGCAAAUUUUGCACACUACCAAGAAGUGGCCCAAACGCAUUUACCAUUCGACAGGCUCGCUUCGUGAAAGGAACGGGAGCCAAGGCGCUAGGUUUCUCCAUCGUUGGUGGCAAGGAUUCACCCAAAGGUUCAAUGGGUAUCUACGUGAAAACUAUUUAUCCGAACGGACAGGCGGCGGAAAAGGGUACCCUGCAAGAGGGGGACGAAAUUCUGUCGGUCAACAGAAAAGCCUUCCAGGGCUUGUCCCAUCAGGAAGCUAUCGAUGUGUUUAAAUCUAUUAAAACCGGUGAUGUAGUGAUACUGAUAGGACGAAGGAACAACCGACGGAAACUGGAUACGCCAUCUCCUCAAGGAAUUGUGCAGUCUUAGGCAGUGAGGAGGGGUAGAAUUAAAGAGACAUAUUGUUUGAACAUUAAAUGAUUUCUAAACAAACUAUGCAAUUAUUAGUUAUAAGAUCGUAGAAAUGAAAAGAAUAUAGUAACUGUGCACAAUCAAAAGAAAACAGGUCUGCAAAGGGGUGCGUAUUGUAACUCAUAACGGUUAGAUGUUAUUUGGAUUCGAUGCGUCGGUAUGAACUAGUUAACUCGUGCACUCCUAGUCCCCCUAAGUAAGAUAAUCAGCAAGGAUUGUUUAUCAUCAUGAAAAGCACCUUUGUCAUUAUUCUUUUUAAAACAAUACCAAAGGUUUGUCAUCAAAUAUAAAUAUAAAGUCGAUCAUGUCAUAUAUUUUUGAAACAUAUUUGUUAUAUAUUUUGUACCAUCUAUAAAUAACUUUGAAAGAGCAUGAACAAGAAAUAUAUUCGUAUUAUCAUAAUCAAUAAACG